GGUGCGAUUCUGUUUCAUUUCGCAAUUUGCUCGGUAGGAAGCAAGUGAGUAGAGAAGAACAAAGGUCCGCGGAUCUUAAGCUAAUCUACGUCGUCGUCGAAUCCGUCGCGUCUCACACCCUCGUCUCCUCUUGCGCUGUGCCCGAAGCGCGACCUCCUCGACCAAACAACCUCCGUCGACCACCCUCCCUCAACGACGACGACCCCGACCAUGAGCAGCAUGACGGUCGCCCACCACUUCAAGAAGAAGAAGUGCAAGCGCGGACGCACGGCGAUGAUGGGCCAGAGCGACGCGCCUUCCAUGGACCUCGCGCUCGCCGCGCUCAACGUCUCGGAGAAGAAGGACAUGUCGGACUAUGCGAGCUUGGCGCCGACGCCAAUGGGCUCGCCGAUGCACCAGCGCGCCAAGAAGGCGCGGUUUGCGAUCGACGGCGACGACUUGGACGACUUUCUCUUCCCGGACGAGCCGGCCACGAGCGCCCUCCUCAUCGUGAGCUCGCGCCUCGAGAAGGAGCUCGCGCGCCGCCUCGUCCAGAAGAAGGAGCGUCAGAAGCAGUCCUCGCUCGCCAAGCACAAGCAGCAGCUCGGGUACUUUGCGAUUGCGACGGCCUUUCAACGGGCCUUCCGCGAGCGCAACCCCGCCGUGCAGCCGCUGGCGCUCGAAUGAACCUAUUUAGACCCGCCACGUCGCUGCGUUGAAGCGAGUCGCGGGGCCCACCCGGCCCCGAUCUCUCCUAUCUAUUAAUCGCAAAAUACAAUCUUGAAGCUUCACCCGCCG